AUGUACUCCCUGUGCUGGUGUGCAGUCACGAGUGCUUCGGUGCUGACAAUGACAGUCACACUGCAGUGGCUAUGUGCACUGUCUGUCGUUGGAAGUACUCAGUAAACAAACUAAACAUCCGCAAGUCGCCAAGGCGAAGGGAAGCUUCCUCACUCCUUAGUUCUUUUUCCUGAUGUACUAGUGUUCUUUUCAGUUAUUAAUUCUCUUUGCGCCUUGGACAGGUAGGUCGGCGUGUCGAGCUACCCUGGCCCUUGAACAACCACCUGAAUGAAAGGGAGUUAAUCUGCUCAGUCUGCUGUCCAGCUCUGUGAAGCGCUUCGGACGACGCGACAUUCAUUCAACUGGGAGAAGUCACCAUUGCGGAAUUCCGGAACGCUGCAGCAGCCAAUGUCCUGGGCGGUAGCACUCCAUGGUGGGGCGGGGGACCUUAGCAGAAGUUUGGACGGCAAACCGUAUCGCGAUGCCCUGGACGCGUGUCUGCAACGAGGUGUAGAGGUGGUGUGUGGCAGGCAAGCGCCAUCCUUUGCGCCUUACAGCCACCUCAACAUGGCCACGCAAGCAGCCAUCGAGACGGUCGUGGCUCUUGAAGACUGUGACCUGUUCAAUGCUGGUCGUGGCGCUGUGCUCAAUUCAGACGGGCAGGUUGAAAUGGAGGCGCAGCUGAUGAACAGCGAUGGCGAAUCCGGAGCCUGUGCAGGGCUGACGUGUGUGAGAAACCCUGUACUAGCUGCAGAGCGAGUCAUGACAAAGACGUCACAUGCCUUUCUGGCAGGCCCAUCAGCUGAGGACUUUGCCGUCCGCGAAGGACUGCACACCGAACCUCGGGAUUAUUUCACAACGGCGAUGCGGCGCAAGCAGUUAGAAAUUGCACAGCACAACGGCAGCAAGUCCGCCGUUCUGGAUCACAAUAUUGAUACGGAGAAUGGCAAGGCUGAACCAGUUCAGCGUGAGAGCGGCCAUGGCGGUAGUCAUGACGACGGUGCGCUAGGUACAGUCGGAGCAGUGGUCAAAGACACUGACGGCAAUAUUGCCAUCGCUGUGUCCACUGGAGGUAUGACCAACAAGAUGCCUGGCCGAGUCGGUGAUUCGCCCAUUGUGGGAGCCGGGGGCUUUGCAUCCCAGCAAGCCGGGGUGUGCGCAACCGGUAAAGGUGAAACGUUCUUCAGGCACUCGACGUGUGCGCACAUCUGCGCAGCUAUGGAGUAUGGAGAGCUUACAUUACAACAGGCAUGUGAAGCUGAACUUGGCAAACUGCAAACAGGUGAUGGCGGUGUGAUAGGAGUGGACAGUAACGGCAAGGUGGUGUUCCACUUCGUCUCAAGGGGAAUGCUCCGCGCGAUGGAGGAGUCAUCUGGCCGCAGAGGUAUAGGAGUCUGGGGAGAGUGGGUAGAAAAGAACUUCUAGCUAAAGAGUCAGUAUGUACUAUAUGCAGCAAACACUUGGCUGAAUUCCGGGCCGGCCUCCAUGCGGAUAGCUUAGAGAAAUCGGAAUUCAACGUUUCCAGAAAGACGGAAUCAGUGGAAACGUGGUGUGCGUUCUCUUCAUCGUGCCAACGCUAUCACUUCAAUGCCAUUAUAUUGAUAUCCCUUCUAUGAAUACUAUAAUCUAUCUGUAUCUUUUUCUUUUUAACAAUGUAAGAUAUCUACAGUUGCAAAGAGAAUACAAGAGAGUGCUCACCAUCUCAUUUACCUACCUACCUACCUACCUACCUACCUACUUACCUACCUACCUACCUACCUACUUCGAGUACCUACCUACUACUAGUGUCAUGCUAAAGGAGCUAUGUCAACAUCUGUUCAAUUAUCUAAAAAAGAAAGUCACUCUGGCGCA